AUGGCCAACGCAUCUUCCAAACGAAUAGCUUCGGCCAACGAGACAGCUCUGAAGAAUCUUGAAUUGGGUCUAUUGAUAGUUAACUCACUCUCAGUUCUUCUUCGAUUCUUACUAUCCCUGUUGACUUCCCGAUCAUUCAUCCCUCGUAAAUUCGUGAUCUUCCUCCAUUUGGUAUUUGUAGGUGGAUCAGUAAUCACUUGGAGAUGGUUCAAGACGAUCGGUACCCCUUCUCGUGCUGGUGCUGCAGUCAGGGUGGGUGAGGAUCUGGGUGGGAAGGGUGUGAUCGAACUGGGAUGGGAUUUGAUCUAUAUGACUUGGAUAUGUACACUUGGUUCUGCGAUACUGGGCGAUCGGGUAUGGUGGUUAUCUCUUUUGAUCCCCGCUUUCGCCUCAUACAAGCUAUUCUCAACCAUCCGACCCAUCCUGGCGAUGUUCCUCCCAGGAAUAUUCGGUCCCAAAAACCCUCAAGCUCAAGCACAACAACAGCAAGCACAAGGUAAUGCUGCUGCUGCAGGAGGAGAGGACAAACCCGAAUCGAAGAGACAAGCUAAGCUCAAGGCUAGGAUGGAAAGGGGUGAUAAGAGGGUACAGCAGGUUCAAGUGCAACGCAAUAGGUAG